AUGACAACUCCUAAAAUGUAUACUGAUAUGAAUAUAGGGAAUCAAGCAAUGAAUAAUAAUAAUAAUAAUAAUACAAAUGUUACAUCAUUACUUGUUCGUGAACGUUUAAAAAAUUGUGUAUUAAAUAAACGUAAAAGUAAAGAACAAGGAAUUCAUUCAAAUGAGACAAUAUUGUUGAAUAUGGGUAUUAGUCAACAACAACAACAACAACCCCCACCACCACAGCAACAACAACAAAGUGAUCAUAUCCUUGAUAAAGAUUUAAUGCAAAUGAAUCAAGAACAAUCUGUUAGUAAUAAUUGUUUAAUCAAUGAUCAUUUGAAUGGUAAAUCUAUACCACUUAGUAACCAAAACAGUAAUCAUAGUAACAAUAAUAAUAAUAAUAGUAAUAAUAAUAAUACUAAUGAUAGUAGUUGUAUUACACCAUUAACAAUAGAUGUUGAAAAUCUUUCAUCCCAUAAUCAAACAAUCACUAUGACAUCCUUACCAAUCAAUAUGAAAAAAUCUAAUAUAUUACAUCAUCAAAUGCAACAUUCUUAUUCAAAUCAUGAAACGGAUAUACAUUAUAUGGAUUUUCAAAAUUUACAUACAUCUGACAUGGAAACAAUCAUGAUCAUAUCACAUCAACAUCGUCAACAACCUAAUAAAUUAAUUGAUGAAAAUCUACGUAAAACAGUAUCAGAGCCAAGUUUAAAAAUGCGUAGUGGUUCUGGUGGUGUUCAAAAAUCACGUUAUAAACCAGAUCGUCGUCAUUAUUAUCAUCAUCAUCAUCUUAAUCAUCAUAUUGGAAUGAAUACAGCAGCAGCAGCUGUAGCUGCAGCUGCAAUAACUGUAUCUAAUGAUCCAUUAGCAAUGAUUGGAUUAUGGCCACAAUUAACUUCAGCAUUUCAACAUACAAAUUUAAUACAAAAAACAAUGAAUAAAAAACCAUCACAAGAUCUAAAUAAUAAUAAUAAUAAUAAUAAUAAUAAUAAUAAUAAUAAUAAUAGUCAUAUAUCAUCGAUAGAUUCUGAUGAACGAUUAACAAAAUCCGAUAGGAAAUCUUUAACACAAUCUAUAUCACUUAGAUCAAAUACUAUACAAGAUGUCAUUUUAACCGAGUUUAUGAAACAAAAUCAAUUAAUCAAUAAUCAGGAAUCAUUAGAAACUAUGAAUACAUGUUGUAUCAAUUCACAAGCAAUGAAUUCAUGUCAUUCAUCAUUUGGAACUACAACAAUCAAUCCAUCUAUAUUGAAUUCAACAAUGAUGAAUGGAUUUUGUGCAAGUUUACCAAAUUUAACAGCACAAUAUCAUCGUACAUCAUCAUCAUCCUCAUCAUCAUUACAAACAAAUCAUAAUAAUAAUAAUAGUAAUAUAAAUAAUAAUAGAACAACGAAUACAACAAUACCGACAAAUACAUCUACACCGACUACACAUCAUGUAACUCAAUCAAGUUUUGAUUGUAAUGAAUUCAAUCAAAUUGAUACAACAAUGUCUGAUCUAAUGAAUGAUCAUGUAUCUAAUCCAAUUACACAAAUCAAUAAAUCAUUCUAUCAUUUAUUACCAUAUUAUCGAUAUCAAUCAAUUGGUUUAAUUAGUCGAACUAGAUCAGCACCAUUAAGUUUAGCUACUAAUUCGAAUAUAACAAAUUAUCGAUCUAUACAAUUACAAAAUUUAAAUCAUGUACAUAAUUUAACUAAUUCAAUGAAUACACCAACAUCUGUGACAUCAGCAGCAAAUCUAUUAGCUAUGGAAGCGGCUACAAUUAAUUAUGGGAAUCAACAAUCAAAUCAAUCAAUCAGAGAACAUGAUCAAUUCAGUGGAAUCAAUAACAGUAAUAAUAGUUUACAAUCAACUAUAGAUAAUGAAUUAUCAUCAAGAAGUAAAGUUGUUUUACAAUUACGUAAGAAAAUUCUAGAAAGAUCUGAAUUUUUAACAUCAGAUCGUUCAUGUGUAAACAUUUCGGAUGGUUCUAAUUCACCAAUUUCUCGAAUAAAUCAAACAACUGGAUGUGGUAAUCCAUUAUUAGAGAGAACAGCUUCAAGUCCUGUAGUUAAUAUGGCUCCAACAAUACGAUCAGAAACUGUACCUGAAGCAACAUUCACUACAGUAUUAGCAUAUGACUUGGGAAUGCUUGCUCAUCAUUGUACAUGUCAAACUGAUGCAAAUCAUCCUGAAAAUCCUCAACGAUUAAUUUCUAUUUGGCAAAGACUUCAACAAACUGGUUUGGCGGCACAGUGUCAUCAUCAACCUGGCAGACGAGCAUCUUUGAUUGAAUUGCAAUUAGUUCACAAAGAUGUGUACACAGUUUUAUUUGGAAGUAAUCCAGCAAGCAGAUGUCGGAUUGAUCCAACUCUUUUAGCCACAGUACGUUUAUGUAGGCUAGCCUGUGGCGGGGUUGGUGUAGAUUCUGAUACAGCUUGGCAUACUGCUGGACAUACAGCUCAUGCAGCGAGACUGGCAGCUGGUUGUGUUAUUGAUUUGGCAUGUCGUGUAAUGCUUGGUCAAUGUCCCAAUGGUUUUGCUUUAGUAAGACCACCCGGACACCAUGCAGAACCAGGUCAAGCUAUGGGAUUUUGUUAUUUCAACUCAGUGGCAAUUGCUGCUAAACGAGCUCAAUUCCUUGGUUCAACAGCACUAGAUACUGAAAGAAGCUCUGUAAUUUCUUCUUUAGCAACCACCUUGUUUGAUCAAUCAACGUUUCUCCCAUACACUAUGGAAUCCGCACUCAAACCACGUAUUUUAAUAGUAGACUGGGAUAUUCAUCAUGGAAACGGGACUCAAACAGUAUUUUACACAGAUCCAACUGUAUUGUACAUAUCACUUCACAGACAUGAUGAAGGGGGAUUUUUCCCCGGUACUGGAUCACCUGAAGAGAUAGGCUCUGGUCCUGGUGAGGGAUUUACCAUUAAUAUUGCUUGGCCAUCAGGAAUAGUUAUGUCUGAUGCCGAGUAUUUAGCAGCAUUUCGUUUGAUUAUUCUACCCGUCGCCUGUGAAUUUCAACCUAGUCUUGUUUUAAUUUCCGCUGGUUUCGACGCCGCUCCCGGUCAUUCAGCUAAUCUCGGUGGUUAUUCAGUAAGUCCAGCUGCUUUUGGUUGGAUGACACGUCUAUUAUCAAUUGAUCGUAUUGCUAAUUCCAAAGUAGUGUUAUCCCUAGAAGGUGGUUAUGAUAUGAACAGUCUUUGUGAUUGUACCGAAGCUUGUGUACGAGCAUUACUUAGAUCAGCAGCUGAAAUAAAUGAAAGAAAUUCAAUACCUAUCAAUGUUCCAGAUUUAAUUCCUUUAAAACAAUCCGAAUUAGAUCGAGUCCCACAUCCUUCAGCAAUACAAACUUUAUUAAAAGUUGCACAAUUACAUUCUGCCUAUUGGACAAGUUUUUCUAAUGAAAUCGAUACACAAUAUGCAUCUAUGCCAGCUAGUAGUUGGUUACCAACACUAUUUGAUAAUUCAAUUGAAAUUAAAGAUAUGAAUUCAACAAAUGAGCAGAUUUCAGUAGUAUCUACAAAUGAUACAACAAUAAAUGUGAAUAAACGUUAUUUAAAAUCUUUCAUUAAACAAACACCAUUCACUGAUGAAUUGAAUGGAAUAACAUCUGGAAAUAAUACAGAACAUAAUAAUCGAUAUUUCAAUUUUGUUAUGCGACAAGCAUCAUCAAUGGAUGAAACAAAUGAAAGUGAAAUGAAACCAAAUUCUAUCAUAAGAAGAAGAAGAAGAUCAACCACUGGUAUUACAGGAUCUAAUAUUAAUUCUAUAUCAUCAAUAGGAGAUACAAAUGAAACUAUAACACGUAUUGCAUUAACACGUUUAGCUGAAUUACAUGUCACUUCACAACCUGAAUAAUAAUGUAUAUAACAUACCGGUUAAUAGUUUAAUGUUAAGGUUGUAAUUGAACAUAGAAUACUACUACUACUACUAUGACGACGACGACAACAACAACAACCAAAGAUCAUCCUAAUAAAGAGGAAGAAUGUUGUAUUUGUCAAAUCACAGUGAAUUCAAUUUAAAGUAAAUCCAAACAUUUUCAUUUGGUAAUUGGAUCCCAAUACAACAUUCUUCCUGUUUUAAUGUUUCACAUCAAUUUGGCGCCCAAGAUUUAGAUGAUGUAUUUGAAGUGUUUCAAAACAAAAUAAAACGAAAAAAAAUGAUGGGAUAUUUAUUUUUGUGAGUAUUUCUUAUACUACUUAUUACUUGUAUAUAAAUAAGUGAAAAAAAAUCAACACAUGGAAAUGAACAUUCCUUAUCUUACAGGUAAACCCAUAUAUGUAUAUGUAGAACAAAUUCAUAUUACCCGGUGCCUUAAGACAUUUCGCAUUUCUUUUUUUUUCUUGAAAAGAAAAGAAAAGAAAAAGAAAGAGAAAAAAAGAAGAAAAGAAAGUACUACCUCUUAAUAUAAAUCUUGUUCAAUAUUCAAUAUACUUACUUAGUUACAUACUACUGAUAUUUCUGAUAAAAGUAAAACAUUUUUUCAUAAACUACAUGAAUAUGUCUGUUUUCUUUCUUUUCUUUUCUUUUUUUGUUUUUUUUUGUUUGUUUGUUUGUUUUUAAUUCUAAUUUGCACGUUCAAUUUUAUUUUGUUCAUUUAGACAAAUGGAUGUUACAUCAUUGAAUAAUAGAAAAAUACCAAUGAAUUGUCUUUUUGAU